GCUUGAGGGCGCUGUGCUACAAUAACUCGCACCUAAACAUGUCCUCUGUUUGUGGGAAAUUGUGCAACAUUUUUCCAACAAAACGAACAUUAUUUCCCAAGUUUGCCAUGUCAGCAUCACCGUUAGUGUAGCGGUUGGAAUAUUCGCAGCCUUUUGGUAAUCGUGUUUCACUUUGCCAGUUGUUAAGAAAAGGGUUGGAGCGAGUUUGAGCCAUGUUUGGAAACUUGUUCGACGACAGUGGCGAAUCGGGUGGCACCGCCGCAGACAAGGGGAAAUCCCCUGUCGAGAAAUCCGGCGGCCGACCGGGGGGAACGUCGUCGCUUCCGUGCCCGCCCGCUCCUCGCUCGAGUUGCGGUUUGUCGGGAAUAGACAACAGGGGUGCAACCUGCUACAUGAACGCCCUUCUACAAACGCUACUCUUGACCCCAGAAUUUAGAGAGUCCUUGUUUGCACUCGGCCCGUCAGAGCUCGGAGUUUUGACUGAUCAGAAUGAACCAGGAGCAAAGGUGCGGGUUAUUCCCAUCCAGUUGCAGAGAUUGUUUGGACGUUUGUUACUUUUAGACCAGCAGAGCGCAUCUACUGAAGAGCUGACCAAUAGCUUUGGCUGGCAAAACAGCGAGGAAUUUCAGCAGCACGACGUGCAGGAGCUGAAUCGGAUCCUCUUCAGCGCAGUCGAGGACUCCCUCAUCGGUACGUCGGGCCAGAACCUGAUAUCGCGCCUGUACCACGGCAUAAGCGUGAACAAGAUUGCCUGUGAGGAAUGCGGGAGAGUCAGUGAAAGAGAGGAGGACUUCUUAGACCUAACCCUAGCUGUAGCCCACUACUCAGGCAUGGAGGACAGCCUCAAGACCUGCUAUGUGGACGUGGAGCGGAUGGAGGGGCGUAACCAGUACCACUGCAGCAGCUGCAACAAGCUGGUGGACGCUGUCAAGAGCGCCAAGCUGCGAUUGUUACCCCCGAUCCUGACCGUGUCGCUCCUGCGGUUUAGCUUCGACUACCAGAGAUGCGAACGCUACAAAGAGAUCGGAAAGUACACUUUCCUGAAAGAGAUCGAUAUGUCGCCCUACACUGAAAAGACGGAACCCAGUGAAGACACGGUGUAUGAGCUGUUCUCUGUGCUGAUACACAGUGGCAGCACACACGGAGGGCACUACCACGCUUACAUCAAGGACAUCGACGGACUCGGCACCUGGACAACACCGGAGAAGGAGAUAAUCCGUCUGCCGAGCAGGCCCUUGCCCUCGUCGGAGGGCAAAGUGGACCUGAUUGAGCUGAGCUCUCCUGGGGAGUUGCUGGCCGCUAUACUGAGGAAACGCGGCGGCCUUGGCUGCACGAUGCCCAUUGAUAAACUCUGCCAGGCCCUCAGUGAAGAGACCGGUGUUUCCUGGAACAAGAGAUUCAAGAAAAAAAUUGGUACCGUUACCAAGUUUGUCAAAGCUCACGAGGAAAUGUUCACCUAUGAUCCCCGCACGAACUCAGUGUCGGUCACGCAAUCGUUGCAGAGUCUUCCUGUUGCCAUGGCAAUUGGUGAACUGAGCCUCUCCGACCGAACAGUAUCCAAAAGCGAACCCUGUCUCACCUCGUCCAAACGCGCCGAUGUCGACGAGACGUCUUCGAUGGAAUCAAGCCUCCAACCAAGUGAGUCCCCGCCCACGCAAGGCACCCAUGGGAGGGGAGAUAGUGACAUACCAGCUACAACUGAGGUUGUAGAGGGUGACACACACAGUGGGGGAACUGUGGACAUCAGCAGUGACAAGGCCCCCUCCCCCUCGGCAUAUAAAACAAGCCAGAACCAACCUGGAGUAGAAACACAAAGGGAUCCUGUAAAAGAAACCCACGAAAGUUCCCCCAAAGGCUCAGGAACUGGACAAGGGGAUGGUGUGAUGCAAAACAACCAUCACCAGGUCUUACAAGAGGCUGAAACUGACACUCGGGGAAGUAGCAUCGGUCUUACGGAAGCAUGCGGAGACUGCAAACCUGGCUUCCCCCAAAAGAAGGUAGAGAACGACAGAUCCGCAGACCCAGCACCACAUGCCUCCUGUCACUGUCAGAAUGACCAGUGCAAGGCCCAAGACAAAGACUGUUGGUUUGACUUCAACGAUUCCAGAGUCUUCUCCAUCGACGAAAGCUCGGAGCUCACGAGGCAGUUCGCUGGACGGGAGAGCGCGUACAUGCUGUUUUACAGACGGAAAUCGAUGGCAAGAUCUAAAAAGGCUGAAGCGGACCCAUGCCGCGAUAUGCCGGAGUGGUUAGUCAAGGAACUCACCGAGGCCAACGAACAACUGGCAAAACAGAGGGAAGAAUAUGACCGACUCACCAACGCCAUAGGUCUAACCCUGUUGGAGAGUGAACACUACGAGUACAAGUCUGGCACCCUUCACAGGAAACCGGUCGACGGGGAACCAGUUACCCUCACUCUGGACCGGAGACGAUCAGUGGCCGACCUGAAGAUGGAAAUCAUUGAGAUACUAGGUGAUGCUGCACUGAACGGCAUGUCAGCCAAGAGCCUACAUUUGCAUACGGCCCAAGAGCUGCCAGCUGGUUUGCACCUGUACGAUUGCAUAUCAGAAAGUGACUCGGCCAUCCUGCAGGAUCUUGAGCUUACCGACGGGUCCAUCCUCUUCCUCUGGGACGGCAACAAGGUCGACGGCAUGCCCAUGAAGACCGGCGCGGCCUGCGUGCCGGUCCUGAUCCACCUGACCUACGCCGUGACGCGCGACAACCGCGAGACCGGGGAGACCUCGCGGGGUUUUGCCAGGGACCUGACGCUGGGGGAGCUGCGGGCCCAGGUCAGCGUGCAGUCGGAGAUUCCCCUGGGCCUGCUGCGGAUGAGCAGGGUGGUGUCGGAGGAGGCGGUGGUUGUCAGGGAAGAAGAUGACGGCAAGACUGUGGAGGAGAUGGGAAUGAGAGACGGGGACAAGAUCAUCGCCGAGUACAAGAGGAAAGGGAAAGCUUCAUCUCUGGCGGCUAACGAGGCUUUGCGUCAUAGCAGGCUUGUGUGUUUGACGGUGGAGAACCGUUGCGCAGCCGUGGCUCAGGCAACAGAUUGGCCAUUAAUGCAAGUGGAGAUCGACAAAGAUGUGACAGUUUCUGAGCUGAAGUCCGUCAUCAUGUCCAGCCUCAAAGAAUCAGGGAGUCAACAACUUGAUGCACAGCGUCGUCUCAGAGUUAACGUGUACGGUGGGGUCCUUCAGCCUCCGCUUCAUGAGAAUCUGAAGAUCGCAGAGGUGGGAAUCAAAGCAGGAGUGGAGGUCGUCGUUGAGCCUGGCGAGCCGCCCAAAGAAAAAGAGAUUACAGUCAGCUUUGCUGUUUGUUGUGGCGGAGUUCAGAAAAACCACCAUGAAACAACCGUUGACAAGAAUUCAACUGUGCAAGAGACUCUAGAGCUGAUGGCGGGCUUAGCCGGGGUGACGGGGGACCAGUGGCACCUCCGGAAGAGCAACUGGUGUGGGGAGGCGGCGGAGUUUCUCCAAGACCCUGGAGUAACUUUGGACCAAGAGGGCGUCCAACAUGGUGGCUUGUUGCUCCUUGAGGAAGGCCGCUUGCCCCCCAGGGGUUUUAUCCGUCUCCCCGUCUGGCUUUACCCCUCCCCGGACAGGGGAGCGGCCACGCCCCCUAACGCCCAGGGGGAGAUGCUGCAGUGGAUCCACGGCCACAUCAUGAAUCUCGUCUCCCAAAAGUCCAAUCCGGACGAAAGUGACAACUCCGACCAAGACCCCCUUCAGUCCCAGCAUGCCUUGCUGGGCAACGUGGAGCUUUCCCAGGAUGCCACGCUGACGGACCUCAAGAAUCAGAUCCAGACGUUGCCUCCGAUGGCCGAGGUCGCCCUGGCCGGUCCCGGGUUCCUGCGAUUGAGACUUGUGGAGGAGGGCAUUCUGGGAAGGGUUCUGCGCGACGACAAGCAGACAUUGAGGAGGUCAAAGGUCACAAGUGCAUCUCACAUCGCUGCUCAGAUACUUCAAGACGAAGAGAAUCUCAGUUCGAGUGCAAUAGUCUUAAACAUUUGCCAAAGAAUACCGGAAACCCGCAGCUACGCCGGCGACGAGGAGCUGAUAUGGGACACGGCCAAGGCGGCCACAGCGCAGAGCCUUCGGCAGGUCAUCGCGGACCGACUGCUCCUACCAGUGGAGCAAAUCGCGAUUGCGAAACACCUCCGCCAGAAGUUUGAGUGGUUGCCGAUAAAGGACCAAGUGACAGAGAGCAAAACUGGUAAGGGGAGAGGCAAGAGGAAAGGAGGGGGCGGGGCCAAGCCCAAAGUCAGCCUGAAACAACCCCCAUACAGUCUGAAGGACGGAGAUACAAUAGGUGUCAAGGACUUGAGGUUUGAUCCUGUAAACCAAGACGACUUCACGACAGAGGAAGACCUUGCAGGGAAGAGGCGGCUAGAGACAGAAGCUGAAGAAAAGAGAAAAAGACGACAAGAAUUAAAGGAGAACAAUGCAGCCUGGGCAUUUGAAGGGCGUCGACCCAAGAAGCCGGAGGUGGGGCUGACCAUCCGUGUAGCGGACUUCAGAUGACGGCCUUUGUAUGUGCGUGAACCAACGGGGGCGCUAUUCAGUAUUAAAAGUUACGUUCCCUGUGCUGUUUUUGAGUUUCAUCGUGGAAAAAAGUAGAUUGCUUUUUCCAAUGUGCUAUUUUGUAGCAAUUAAAAGUUAAUCACUUUUGAAUGAGACAUUUACUACACACACAAAAAUCAGCCAACGAUUAGUUACUUAAGUUUCAAAUUACUGUUUUGAAUUGGUUCAAGCCAAAAAUUCCGUUUUUACGGGGAAGGCUGGUUCCCACACCACAAUCAGUAUUGAUAAUGUAUGGACUGGGAACCAGUCUGCUGGCAAUGUGGAUCCUUUGUGCCCAAAACAAAACCCUUUUUUUUUUAGAGGGUUGCAGAUGUAAAAAAAAAAAUGGGAAAAAAAUGAGCUUUUUUGGUUUGGAAUAAAACAUACGAGUUGUAAAGUUAGUAAUAGAAAGAAAUCAAUUUGUUUAGGAGCAUGAGAAACACAGACUUUAAUCAGUGUGCAACCAUAGGUGUUGCCAGAACGCCUGGUAGGGUUGUAGGCGAUCGUAAAUUGGGGAUAAAACACAAAAGAAAGUAACAUAGGGGUGGGGGCUGGGCAUGAUCUAACAAUAGAGGGGGCUGUUCAAGAAGGAUACGUCUGGACACCCAAUGACACUGGAUGUUGUUGUUUAUGCUAGACUUUGUUUUGACCGUUAAUUACAUUAUUUUACGAACAAGAAUGACAAGUUGGCCAAAAGUGACAAAUGGAAGUGUUACUUCACCCCCCACCCCAAAAAAAUGCCCCCUCUAGUGACACAAAUUGUGUUCAUGCACUUAACAAAGUAAGCUGUAAUUUCCUAUCAACAAAAAUCAAAGUAAAAUUUCAGUGUUUUUUUUUGUUUUUUGGAUAGCUGUAUACAUUUAGGUUAUAAUAAUAAUAAUAAUUUUUUUUGGGGGUGGGGGAGGGGAGGAUGGGGUUUUAAAUAAUGGCCGACUGUUAAAGCUUCAUUUUAACAUGCUAGUAAAAACUAGUCCUGUCUUUAUACACUACAUAUUUUUUAUUUAUAGAAAAGUGCCUUACAAAACUACAUGGUUCUUCGAGAAUGGAAAGGGGAGGAGCCAAGGGAUUUAAUUGUUAGCCCCUUAAAGACAAUGGACAGACACCUGCAAUCACAAAGGCAAUCUAGAAAAUAAUGUCUACUUUUGUUCUUAAAUAAAAUCUUAUAAAUGAAGAGUUGAUUUCCAAAACGUGAUAUAUCCAUUUGAAAAAAAAGUUGAAAAUGUGUAUGUUUUAUGUCAAAGUUUUAUGACUAAAAGCAAUAUAACCAACCGUUUCUAAACUCCAUUUUUGGCUCUGUUAUUUUCUUAAAUUGUGUUAAAUUAUGAUAAAACCUAUCGGAACUGACAUUGGGCACCCAGGAGAGAGCGGGAAUCUAAAAGGGAACAAAAUGGUGUUCAUCACGUUUUGGGGAAAAAAAACUUGUCAAAUCUAACGUCUUCCGUUCUUCAGCAUUUGUAAGAGAAUAGGUCAUAAGUCGGGCUUUAUUCAUAAUCAUUGAUUAAAACAUCCAGUACUAUUAUUUUGUGGUUUAUUAUGUGAACCCCAGAAAUUGUUUGAAUAAAUCCUCAGUGAAUAAUCUCCA